CAUCCAUUCUCCCAAAACCUCUGGUACGCCCAUAUGGUCAGAGCACCUGUGACGGGGUUGAAUUAGAUUCAGCCUUCCCUUCUUUGCAAGUGAUUGCCUGAUUCCCACCUCAAGGUGUAUGCGAUACCUUGUAGGCAGAAGGUAGAUUGUACGCAACGCACAGACGGAUUUGUGUUUUCCUUUGCUAAUAAAGAUUAAGUGUGUUCAGCACAAAAGCAAGCAGCAGCCAGUAGCUCCAGCACAAAAGCGAGAAGAAAUUGACCUAGGAAAUUAAAGCAUGGAGGAAGAGGAUAACUUCGUGGAGUAUGUUCCUGUGGUGAAGCGUCGAGCAUUGACAGCUCAAAUGAUUCUUCAAAGAAGGGGAAAUAUCUCUGCUUUAGAGGAUGAACUUGAAAAAUCAAAACUUGCAGAAGCCAAACCCAGUCUCCUGGUCAAAGCAUCUCAGCUCAAGCGUGACCAACCUGAAAUUAGUCAGACGGAGCAGAUUGUGCAACAAGAAAAAGAAAUGAUAGAGCAUCUAUCUGAUAAGAAAACACUCAUGUCAGUUCGUGAGUUGGCGAAGGGAAUCACAUAUACAGAGCCUUUGUUGACAGGAUGGAAGCCGCCGCUUCAAAUCAGGAAAAUGUCCAGAAAGGAAUGUGAUGCAAUUCGAAAACAGUGGCAUAUAAUAGUUGAUGGUGAAAAAAUUCCUCCACCGAUUAAGAAUUUUAAAGAUAUGAGGUUUCUCGAUCCUAUUUUGAAAAUGCUAAAAGCCAAAGGGAUCGUGCAACCUACUCCUAUUCAGGUGCAAGGUCUUCCUGUUAUCUUAACAGGAAGGGACAUGAUUGGGAUUGCCUUUACAGGAUCUGGGAAGACUCUUGUUUUUGUGCUUCCACUGAUUAUGAUUGCUUUACAGGAGGAGAUUAUGAUGCCCAUCAUGCCUGGAGAAGGCCCUGUUGGUUUGAUUGUCUGCCCAUCAAGAGAACUUGCCAGACAAACUUAUGAAGUUGUGGAAGAAUUUUUGAUUCCGAUGAGAGCAGCUGGGUAUCCAGAACUGAGGCCAUUACUAUGUAUUGGUGGAGUGGAUAUGAGGUCGCAGUUGGAGGUUGUAAAGAAGGGUGUGCACAUUGUAGUUGCAACUCCUGGAAGGUUGAAGGACAUGCUAGCAAAGAAGAAAAUGAGCCUGGACAACUGCAGGUACUUGACAUUGGAUGAAGCAGAUAGAUUAGUGGAUUUGGGCUUUGAGGAUGACAUAAGGGAAGUUUUCGACCACUUCAAAGCCCAAAGGCAAACUCUUUUAUUCUCUGCUACCAUGCCCACCAAAAUUCAGAAUUUUGCUAGAAGUGCUCUCGUGAAGCCUGUCACUGUUAAUGUGGGAAGAGCCGGGGCAGCAAACCUUGAUGUGAUUCAGGAGGUUGAGUAUGUAAAACAGGAGGCAAAGAUUGUUUACCUUCUUGAGUGCCUACAGAAGACGCCACCUCCUGUAUUGGUAUUUUGUGAGAACAAGGCUGAUGUGGAUGACAUUCAUGAGUAUCUCCUCCUGAAGGGAGUGGAGGCUGUUGCCGUUCAUGGAGGCAAAGACCAGGAAGAGAGGGAGUAUGCGAUUUCAUCAUUUAAAGCAGCCAAGAAAGAUGUCUUGGUUGCAACUGAUGGCUCAAAAGGCUUGGAUUUUCCUGACAUUCAACAUGUAAUUAACUAUGACAUGCCUGCCGAAAUUGAAAACUAUGUACAUAGGAUUGGGCGAACAGGAAGAUGUGGUAAGACUGGAAUCGCAACGACCUUCAUAAACAAAAACCAGAGUGAGACAACACUUCUUGAUCUGAAGCACCUCUUGCAACAAGCGAAGCAGAUUCCUCCUGUUUUGGGUGAGUUAAAUGAUCCAAUGGAAGAUGGAGACGCAAUUACUGCUGCAAGUGGAAUUGAAGGGUGUGCUUAUUGUGGUGGUCUCGGUCACCACAUCCGUGAGUACCCCAAGUUGGAGCAUCGGGGAGGCCAGCAACUCGCCAUCUCCAGGACGGAUUAUUUCGGGUCUGGUGGUUACAGGGGAGAAAUCUGAUGUAUUUGUACGGUCUUUUCAGCUGAUCUGGCGUGCAUAUUUCUAUACUGUUUGUGUUACUGUAUCAGAAGAAUUUAUGCUCUUUUAAAUGGCAGGGUGACAAUAGAGAGGCAUUUGUUGAAAUUUAUGUUGUCUGUAAAUGUAGUUAAGGUAACCAGUAUGGGAGGAUUAUCUUGUUAGCUAACAUUUUUUUUGAAUUUAUGAGCUCUUGCCCUGCUUAUUG